CAAAACAUCAUAACACACAAUAUGCUGUCACAUGCUGGCCUGAUAGACCCUGCACAAACCCUGCAGCUUUUCUUCCUCCUUGCAAGUUCCACGGUGGUCACUGUCAAUGCGAUAUCUCCGUUUCGGAGUCGAUUUCUAGUCUAUGGAUCACGGAAUUCUCUUUCUGGUCAAACUAAUGAUAGAGACAAUGAAGCAAAAAAUCCAAACAGGCUAAACAAGAUACUGGACCAUCUGGCAACUUACCGUGUGCCGCACAGCUAUUUUACACAUUUUUAUAUAGCAUCUGUUUUCUCAUCAAUCUUCUGGGCCUUUCAGCUUGUCACGAAAGGAAGUGUCUUUCGAAUCAUCAGUCAAAAUUCAACAUGGCGCCAAGAGAGCACGUCAAUGACAAUUGAAAAAGUCGUAUUGGCAUGGCUUCUGAUGACGGUUCAGGGGAUACGAAGGUUGGUCGAGUCAGUUGUCUUAUCAAAACCAUCAAAUUCAACAAUGUGGUUUGUGCACUGGCUGCUAGGCGUUACAUUUUACAUUGCGAUGGGAAUCUCAAUCUGGGUCGAAGGACUGCCUAAAUUGCGCUCUCUUGAACCAUCCAUCUCAUUACUAGAAAUCCCGGCUCCGUCCUUGCGGACGUUUCUUUGUCUGCCACUCUUCCUUAUCGCUUCGGGGAUCCAGCAUGACGCACAUGUAUAUUUGGCGUCGCUACCAAAAUACACAUUUCCAAAGCAUCCUAUUUUCCGCUUUCUUCUAUGCCCCCACUACACCAUGGAGUGUCUCAUUUAUCUUUCUCUCUCUUUGAUCGCUGCUCCGGAGGGGGUAAUAGUCAAUAAGUCCGUUUUAGCUGGCUUAAUAUUCGUUGUUAUAAACCUAGGCGUAACAGCGGGGACUACCAGAGAGUGGUAUGUCCAAAAGUUUGGGGAAGAGCAAGUGCGUGGGAAAUGGAGAAUGAUACCAUUUAUCUACUAGGCCAUGGUGUUUUCGGGCGGGAAAUAUUCUACAGCUUUUGGCAAGGUCCUCACCAUGAUAUGUCAACAAUCAAGAAGAGCGGAAGUUGGUCAUUUUCGGAAC